CCCCCCAAACAUACACACGUACAGGGGACAAUUCAUUCAGUUUGUGUGUGAAUGUGAGGUGGACGGUGGUGCAUGUGUGUGUGUGUGUGAGAGAUAGAGUAAGUGUGAAGGGAGGCGAUGAGCCCACAGCUCCAUCUCAGCACCUACUCGGAGGAGUUCAACCCCAGGGGAUGCUGGAGGGCUGCUCGCCCCAGCCAAGUGAGGCCGUCAUCGGCAUACCGCCGCAACAACCCGCAUCCUCGACCGGACUUCCUGUUUCCCCGUAAACCCCAGACAGUGCGGGGGUCACGACCUCUCCAGCAGGUGAUGACACCGCUGGCACCAUUGGCACUGGUGGCUCCAGUGGCACCGCUGUUCCCACCCGUCAGGCACAUGUCAGUGCAGUGCCCAGAGGACAUGUCUGCACAGGCCAAACAGAAGGCUGAUAAAGAGGUGCCUCCGAAAGUUGCCUUUCUCUCCCCCAAAGCAUGUGUGCUGCCCCCUGCUGACUGGCUGUGUAAGCCGCCGCCUGAUGUUGUUAUCAGGGAGAAACACCAAAGCUCCCUUCAGAGAAAACAGGGGAAGUUCACAGGAAAAGAAGUUCAAAGACGAGCUCAGGUAAUGGAUCCUCACAUGGCUCCCUCCCUGCAGGCCCUCAGGCCCCUUGUCCAGUACAGCCGAACUAACUCCAAGGCUACUGCAGACGCAAGUGGAGGACACAGCUGUUUUCAUGUGGUCAAACCAUUCAAGGCCAGCUUCUACAUCAUCCACCCUGAGUUUGUGUCAGAGUAUCAACAGAGGUGACCCUGUCCACAGCUCCAGCUAUUUUAUGAAUUUUGGAAAGUCAGAUAUUUUUUUGUUUUGUUUUGUUCGGCAUAACCUGCUUGUUCCAG